CCCACCAAGGAAAACUCCCUGCUUCUCUGCCAGCCUCGGUCAGCAGUGCUGUCGGAGGGGGAACCGCAGGUAGCCUUUGCUGGGCUCUCUAAACCCUAAAUAGAUUCUCCCCUUGUUUAAAAAAAAGGGGGAGGGGGUGUUCCGACAGUAAAAUGCAAAUUCCCAGGAAACGCCUGGCUGCUGAAGUUUCAAAAGACCUGGGGAGAGCCAGAGUCCCCGCGGCUCCUCUGCUGACCGUGCGUCAGGCGGACUCAGGCCCUCCCUAGUCUGCACGCGGUCUGUGCCGACGGCCCCGGAGCCCGGACGACUUGGAAAGCAAGCAUACACCAUGACUCCUUGCCCAGGUAGACCAUCUAACAACUUUUUUUUUUUUUUUUAAUUUGGCCAAUACAUGUCGAUUCAAAAUGAGCUCUUACAGGGGGCUGUCCGAUGACAUUUUGUCAGGAUAGCUUACACCUCAUCAGCCACACACCUGGUUGAAGCAGCGGCCAGCCAGGGCCAAUGAAUCGUCCACCGCCUGGAGGACCGGGGCAGGGGGAAGGGCUUGUUGGCAUUCUAAUAAUCCACGCAAACAACCCCCGCGAGUGCUAAGCGCAGGACAAGGGUCGGCUUCGGGGGAGAGCCGUGCCUCGAGUCAGCUACCAAUACAAACCCGAGAUAACGCAGAGGAGACAGAACACCCCCAGCCCGGCCAUUUCCACGGCAAACAUCCUCAGCGCCGCAGCUCCGUCUGUGACGCCAGCGGCCGCCCGGCUCCCCGCUCCGCGGCCACCGCCUCCUCAUACCUGCACCCGGCGCACACCGGCCACCGGCCGGCGCGUCUCGCUCCCCGCCACUGGCCGAGGCUCUUCCCCAUCGCCCAGUCUGGAGUUGGAAGUGAUUCCUAUUGGCCAAGGUGUCCAUGUAAAUAGGUGUGAAAGAAACCAGAGCUGGCCGGGCUCUCCCUCCCGCUCAGUCCCCUCCCUCUGCAGCCCCCAGUCCCCCCUCCUUUUCCUCCUCCUCCCAAGGCGAUUGUCAUAUGAUAGCUAAGAAGUGGCACAUUAAUGAAGCGCCGCUACAGGGGUCUUUUCUGCUCCUGUCACCGCUUAAAACUAUCAGAUGGUUCGAGGGAGGACAUGGAGGCAGCCACCUAGCUCAGCGGAGCCACGGAGCCCACAGCAGCGCCCUCCCGAGUCCCCGGGUCUCUGCGGCCAACGUCCACGCCUGGACUCCGCAGCCGAGCUCGCUGCCGGCCGCACGCAAAGCCAGAAGCGCCGCGGAGGCAGCGGCGCAGGGCGCUGCGAGGCUAAGCGCCAGAGCCCUGGUUCGCGCCGAGGAGUCCAACGGAACCCGGACGCUGCUCCUGGGCCACGCAUCGGGAGGAACGUAACAAGCAGCGCGCCAUCCCGGAUGCGGACGCGCAACUUGGAGCAACUUUAAGAUCCGAGCAUUCCGCCUGCCGGCGCGGACCCAAAGCCAGAAGAGGACAAGUGAGAAGAUGCCUCGGCCGGGCCGCAACACGUACAGCGACCAGAAGCCGCCCUACUCCUACAUCUCGCUGACCGCCAUGGCCAUCCAGAGCUCGCCCGAGAAGAUGCUGCCGCUGAGUGAGAUCUACAAGUUCAUCAUGGACCGCUUCCCCUACUACCGGGAGAACACGCAGCGCUGGCAGAACAGCCUUCGCCACAAUCUCUCCUUCAACGACUGCUUCAUCAAGAUCCCGCGGCGGCCCGACCAGCCGGGCAAGGGCAGCUUCUGGGCGCUGCACCCCAGCUGCGGGGACAUGUUCGAGAACGGCAGCUUCCUGCGGCGCCGAAAGCGCUUCAAGGUGCUCAAGUCCGACCACCUGGCGCCCAGUAAGCCGGCCGACGCGGCGCAGUACCUGCAGCAGCAGGCCAAGCUGCGGCUCAGCGCGCUGGCCGCCUCCGGCACGCACCUGCCACAGAUGCCAGCCGCCGCCUACAACCUUGGCGGCGUGGCGCAGCCCUCCGGCUUCAAGCACCCCUUCGCCAUCGAGAACAUCAUCGCGCGGGAGUACAAGAUGCCAGGCGGCUUGGCCUUCUCCGCCAUGCAGCCGGUGCCCGCUGCCUAUCCGCUCCCCAACCAGUUGACUACCAUGGGCAGCUCGCUGGGCACCGGCUGGCCGCACGUGUACGGCUCCGCGGGCAUGAUUGACUCGGCCACCCCCAUCUCCAUGGCGAGCGGCGACUACAGCGCCUACGGAGUGCCGCUGAAGCCGCUGUGCCACGCGGCGGGCCAGACGCUGCCCGCCAUCCCGGUGCCCAUCAAGCCCACGCCGGCCGCCGUGCCCGCGCUGCCCGCGCUGCCCGCGCCCAUCCCCACCUUGCUGUCGAACUCGCCGCCCUCGCUCAGCCCCACGUCCUCGCAAACAGCCACCAGCCAAAGCAGCCCCGCUACGCCCAGCGAAACGCUCACCAGCCCGGCCAACACCUUGCACUCGGUGGCCGUGCACUGACCACACAGGAGCCGACGCCCUCUCCUUCCCCUCCCCGCCGCCUUGCUCACACCUCUCGGGGCUCCCGCUCCUGCCCUCCCCGACCGGGAGCCGCCACCCUCACUAGUCCGUU